UGGGCAGAAAAUAAUUUACAUUUACUUCAAUAAAGAUAACUCAGUUCAAUUAAACACUUUAUAAUUUACCUGUCCUGAUUUUGUAAUUUAAUAAAAAUCCAGCAUAAUGACCAAAAGCACAAUUCUUUUCGUCCUCCUCCUUGUUACCUGGGUUACUUGCCUGCCUCGAACUUCUCGCCGAGUUCCUGGCGGAGGGAGAAUAAUCGGUGGUGAGGACGCGAUCGAGGGUCAAUUCCCUUAUCAACUGACACUAAUUCGGUACGGGUCGCAUGUCUGUGGGGCAUCCAUAAUUAACCAGAAUAUCGCAGUUACUGCAGCCCACUGCGUCGACGGCGGAGCCCCCUCCAAUCUACGCGUCAUCGCAGGAAAGCUCCACCGUCUCAUAACCGGAAGUCACGAGCAGGCCCGAAACGUGGAGCGAAUCACGGUCCAUGAAUCCUAUGAUGACUCCACUUACGCCAACGACAUCGCCCUCCUCCACCUCGAAGUCGCGCGUCCCUUCAUUUUUGACGAUUUUGUGUCUCCCAUCCCUCUCCCAGUCCAAGGGCAGGAGACGACCGGCCUCAUCACCGUUUCCGGUUGGGGCGUCACCGUUGAAGGAAGUAUACAGCUCGCCAAUAUUUUGCAAUUCGUCCAACUUCCGGUUAUCAAUGAUACCACGUGUCAAGUCAUGUAUCCGGAAGAAAUCGUGGAGGAAUCCAUGCUCUGUGCCGGAUUUCCGGAAGGGGGGCGAGAUUCGUGUCAGGGCGAUUCGGGUGGACCCCUAGUUUCUGUGGAGGGUGGAUAUCUGGCCGGGUUGGUGAGUUGGGGGUAUGGUUGUGCACUACCGGGUAGGCCGGGAGUUAAUACGGAAGUCGCACAUUUUGUCGAUUGGAUUUUGGCAAAUUCAGGACAGACCUAAUGGUUAAGAAUAAGCUGACUAAAUAUUUACAUACAUUUGUUUCGCAUAAACUGUCACUGAUAAUUUUUAUUAAAUACUUUGGAGUAAUUUUCUUUUUAGAAUGAAUAAAUUCAAAAUAUUUAUUAA